CUUGCAGUCUGAGCGGGUGACCGUUUACUAGCGCACUAUUAUGGCAUAUAUAAGGACUACUCCUCAAGGUUAGAUUGUUCCUUAGGAGCCUCCAAAGCAAGAUACAUUGUACGAUCUCAAGUUCAAGUGAAAUCAAUACGACUUGAUGCGGAACCAAUACCACUCGUUAUCAACCUCACCAUCGGCAUCAGAACCAGAACACACCACGAGUACCUACCCCGCCAUCACGAUUCAGACGCCGCCCGAUAAGGCAUGGACCCGCGACGAAUGCCGAGACUGGCUGAACAAAGUGGGGGUUGAGGCAUGCCACUUGGAUCCUCGAGAGGCUCUGGCGAAAGCGCAGCUGUGGGAUUGGACUAGUGUUGUCCUGAUCACGAAAUCGGAACGGGAUCUGAGAGACAUUCUCGGCAAUGUCCUGGGGAUGGAGGCCUAUGCGAGAGUAUAUGACUCGACAGUAAGAUUCUUCCCAGGCCACAUGUAUGUUCCCUCAAAAUUCCCAGGCCCUAUAGAAGUUUCCUCAAAAAUACCUUGAGUGGAGAAUUCUAACAGUGAGGCAUAGUUUGAAAGAAAUGCCCUCACCAAAAUUCUAUCGACGCUUGCUGUCGUUGAUCGCAACACGACAACACCCACACGAAGAAUUAUGAUAGUAGAUUCUCUUUU